AUGGGUGAUGCCCUUCAUAAAAGCCACUUGAACCUUUGCCUUGACCGCUGUCGCACCCCUCCUCCCCGCGGGCAGAGCGCGUUGGCGUGCGUUCGGCCCGGGGAGUGCGGGUUCCUGCUGUGGUGUGUGCGGGGGUCACACCCGUCCAGUCCUCUCCCUUCACAGACGAGUCUGGCCUGGCUCCAGGGUUCCGAUGGUGGAGGUGUAUGUCUUCAUGAAGAAAUCAUUGACUUUUACAAGUAUAUGUCUCCCAGACGUGAAGAAGAGAGAAUGCGGAUGGAAGUGGUGAACAGGAUAGAAAACGUCAUAAAAGAGCUCUGGCCUAAUGCAGAUGUGCAGAUAUUUGGAAGCUUUAAAACUGGUUUAUAUUUACCUACAAGCGAUAUUGAUUUAGUUGUGUUUGGAAAAUGGGAGACGUUACCUCUUUGGACCCUGGAAGAAGCUCUUAGAAAGCACAAUGUAGCAGAUGAAAACUCAGUAAAGGUUUUAGACAAAGCAACUGUACCUAUUAUCAAACUGACAGAUUCCUUCACAGAAGUGAAAGUUGAUAUAAGCUUUAAUGUACAGAAUGGGGUGAAAGCAGCCCAGCUCAUCAAAGACUUUAUCAAG